AUGGCCACGUUUGAUCGGAUUUGUGCCAACUACCAGCAAGCCAUGGAUGUUGAAGGUGUGACUGAUGCAGUUGUCCAAGCGAAAAAGCGACAACGACGUGGCCGACCCACGAAAUCCAACAAAGAUGCUGGAAGUAGUGGUGCCAAUGAGACAGCUGUGGAAGAUCAAGAAGCUGUUCGACUGGGCACCACGCGGUGCACUGCUAUUCGCAACAUCCUCCGCUACGCUUCAGACAUGGCAUUGAGGAUGGUGCCGGAGGGGGUGAAGGUCAACUUGACAGACUUCAGGAGCCAUUUGUCUGUAGAGGAGCACAACCUCCUGGUCAGGAAGUUGGUUGCACAGUUUGAGGUCAGUGUGCAAUCCUUGCCAGCGGAGGCAGCAAGGCAACGCCCCGGCUUGGACAAGCUGAUGCGCAGUCGGCAAGUCAUUUGUCUGUGGAGCCGAUGCAUGAAGGGCUGCUGUGAGCAAGACUUGCUGGCUGAUGAUCUCAAGUCAGUGACCCAAGUCAUUGAAGAAGGUGAUGUUUUGGAUGAACAGGUGAUCAAGUCCAUUGAGAGCUUCCCAACCCACUUCCAUGUUGGUAUGGUGACGGACUUGCGAGGUGCAGUAUGUGAAGAUGUCGACAUGUCACAGGAGAAAGCUGUGGAAAGGGCAGAGGAAUCUCUCUGGAAAGCUCGCUUGGAAAGCUUUGAAGCGCACUUCAACAAGGACUUGUUAUUGCUCAAGCGAGCCAUGCAAGGACAUCGCAUGCUGCAAGACAAACUUGGCUGGCUGGCACAUCAAAAGAGGAUCCAGCAAGUCAGUGUAGCGCAGCGUCUUGUGCAGCAGCACAUGGAAUGGUGCUUUCCCCAGUUGCAGACUGACUGGUCAGCUUUGGUUGGUGACCUCCAGCAAGGGAUCAUGAAGCCUGUUCCGACCCUUCCUCCACCAUCAGUGGGAAGUGCCUAUCAGAGUGACAAAGCGAUUGGACUUACGCUGGCACGGCUUGACAUGAAUGUCCCGAUGGCUCGGAAUGCCCUUGUGGUGGAGAAGUAUGGGCCACUGCUGGCAACGCUGGCGAGGGUUCAUGGCGCAAGCAACUUUGCAGUUCUGGUGGUUUUGGCAUCGCGGCCAAAGGAGGAUUCCACGACUGACGUUCUUGAGGAUGAGGUUGUCAUCACGCGGAAGCUCUCGCAAUGUGGCUUUGGGGCGAACAUCAAGAUCAUUCAGGAGUUGAGCCCCAGUGCAGAGCUAAUAGAUGCAAACUACUUGCAGCGAGACACACAUGUCACCUACAAGCUCUUCAUGAUGCAUGACAACUUGAAGGUUGCCUUUGCUGAGAACAAGUGGUGUGCAUCAUCCGCUGUGCUCACUGCCAAGAUCACAG